CUCAUUCUGUCUGUUCUGAGUCAUGGCGACCUCUCUGCUCAGCAGGCAGCUGGUCCUCUCCCUCCAGCAGAACCUCAGGCUCACUGCACCAGGCUGCAGGUAUGUGAGUAAGGCAGCAGCUAAGACUCAGGUGGAGUUUGAAUACGAUGGGCCGUCCAUGAAGACCGAGGUCCCAGGACCCCGUUCCAAGGAGCUGACCAAACAGUUGGGAGAGAUUCAGAACGUGGGAGCAAUCAAUUUCUUCUGUAACUAUGAGGAGAGCAGAGGAAACUACCUGGUGGACGUGGACGGAAACCGCAUGCUGGACGUCUACACACAGAUCUCCUCUAUUCCUAUUGGAUACAACCAUCCCUCACUCAUUAAAGUGAUGUCCAACCCCAACAAUAUGAGUGCGUUUGUGAACAGGCCAGCUCUUGGGAUCAUGCCACCCGAGAACUUUCCAGAAAAGCUGGCAGAAAGCCUUCUCUCAGUUGCUCCUAGUGGUAUGAGCCGUGUUCAGACCAUGGCCUGUGGAUCCUGCUCCAAUGAGAAUGCAUAUAAAGCCAUGUUCAUCUGGUACAGAAAUAAGGAGAGAGGCCACAACAACCCCUCUGAUGAAGACAUGAGCUCCUGUAUGAUCAACCAGAGUCCUGGCUGUCCAGACUUCAGCAUCCUGUCAUUUAUGGGUGGAUUUCAUGGCAGAACAAUGGGUUGCUUGGCAACGACGCACUCCAAGGCCAUCCACAAGCUGGAUGUGCCGUCAUUUGAUUGGCCGAUCGCUCCCUUCCCUAAACUGAAGUACCCUCUGGAGGAGUUCACACGGGAGAACGCACAGGAAGAGGCCCGCUGCCUGGAGGAGGUAGAGGACCUGAUAGUUCAGUGGCGUCAGAAGGGCCGGCCGGUGGCUGGGAUAGUGAUAGAACCCAUCCAGGCUGAGGGAGGAGACAACCACGCAACACCAGACUUCUUCAAGAAGCUACGGAACAUCGCACGCAAGCAUGGCAGUGCGUUCCAUGUGGAUGAGGUGCAGACAGGGGGAGGAGCUACGGGGAAGUUCUGGGCUCAUGAACACUGGGGGAUGGACGACCCUGCUGACAUCGUCUCCUUCAGUAAGAAGAUGCUCACUGGAGGUUAUUACCAUAAAGACGAGCUGCAGGCAGACAAGGCCUACCGUAUCUUUAACACGUGGAUGGGUGACCCGUAGAACCUGUUCCUGGCUGAGGUUCUGAACGUGAUCCGCAGAGAGAACCUUCUGGAAGAGGUGACCCGCUCUGGAAAGACUCUGCUACAGGGACUCUACCAACUACAGGACCAGUACCCUAACCUGUUGAGCAGUGCUCGGGGACAGGGGACAUUCUGUGCCAUCGACAUCCGUGAUGACGCCACACGAAACAGCAUCCUCCUCAAAGCCCGGGACAAGGGUGUUCUGCUGGGUGGCUGUGGAGAUCGGUCCAUCCGGUUCCGUCCUGCUCUGGUGUUUAAAGAGUACCAUGUUCACAUGUUCCUGAACGUGUUCAGCGACGUCCUGGCAGAACACAACUAGAACGCUGUCCCGGGUACCGUCCCCCACUGGACUGGGCCAAAACCCCAACAUAGGGCCGAGACCAACUGGGGACGCGGUGUAGGAGAGGGGAAGCACGAGAGUCUUAACCUAUAACAGAGGUUCACACAGUAACGCAUACACUUAAAAGGGAUGCUACGGGAUUUUGGCAAUGAAGCCCUUUUUUUUCUCCUUCCCCAGAGUCAGAUGAUACUCGUUGAUACCAUUUUUUUUAUGUUAUCUGUGUGCUGUUUGAAAGAAGUUGCUAACUAGCGCAAUUGCUAACUAGCGUUAGCGCAAUUGCUAACUAGCGCUAGCGCAAUGACUGGAAACGUUGGCUCGUGAAACUACCUCUAACUUCCUUCAACCUGGACACAGAGACAUAAAACUGGUAUCCAGGAGUUUAUCUGACUCUGGGGAAAGUAGAUAAAGGGCCUCACUGCCACAAUCCCGAAGUAUCCCUUUAACACAUACUCAAACACACACACUUGAAUUUGUCCCAUUGCUCAUGUGGCAGUCCUAGCAUUCCUCAUGUCCCAGUAAUGUCCUAAUGAUACGCCUGCAAAAAGGCACAAGCACAAAACAUAGUCAUAUUUUAGGUCAUAUCACACAAACCCUCCAACUCCCUAACAGAGGAAGGCACAGUGAGAUAUUUCAGGACAAACACACCUAACAGGAGUGGUUAUCAGCAAGCUAACCUAAACCAUGUUGUAGUGAUACAAAAUGGCCGCCGCACACCGAUUUUUAACCCCUGACCCUUGAGAUGUCCUCUGAGUGUCCUAGCUCUUUUUUAAAC